UGAAGCUAUGAGUCAGACAAAGCAAAUACAUAAACUCUCCACGUGCAUGCAGCAGCACUCAGGUACGGCACGGCGUCCACCGGGAGCACCUGGACAGCACGUCUCCACCGCCUGCUGGGAGCUGACCAGGAUUCUGCAGAGAUGAUCUAAAAGCUGCUGGAUGGACAAGCAGAGACCAGUAGACACGCGCGGUUCUGAUGGAGGAGCGGCGGGAAGCAGCUCAGAGGUCACAAAAGCAGUAACACCUUCUCGACUUACAUCACAAAGUGAUUAUUCUUCAAACACAGAAGCAGCAGCAGACACAGUUUGCAGAGCUGCGGGAAGAGGGGCAAGAGUGACAGUCAGCUCCGGUCUGAUCACAUCCAGCAGCUCCCAUCACUCUGGAUCUGAAUUAGGUUCUGGUAAGGGCUCUGGGAGCAUCAGCAUCACCACUGUAGGAGCUUCCUCAGCAGGGGUGCUUGUAGGAUCUGGGGCGUCUGAAGCCUCCAGGCCAAGAGGGGGGGACAAAGAGACCAGAGGGGGCUCCUCUAGCAUGUCCCACAGUUUUGGAGUCAGUGGGAAAGAAGGCAAAUGGGAAGGCGGUCUUGGUGCUGUGACGGUUUCCACGGUAACAAAGUCCAGCCACACUUCAGGAGGAUCUGGGGAAACAAAGAAGAGUUUAUCUUCGUCCACUUUUCUGCCUCCUCAGAAGGAAAGGAAGAUGGCGGCAGCUCUGUCAGAGGUCUUUGAUGAAGGUUCCGAUGCAAACUCUUCCCCGGAGAACUACAGGAAGGAAUACGGACGUUCAAGUGCAACUUCCAGUUCAGCCACUAGAGGGAGAACUCAGAGCAGAGAGAGUGAGAUCAGAGCCAGACUCCAGAGCGCCUCUCCUCCAGCCAGAUGGACGGAGCUGGACGACGUGAAGCGCCUGCUGAGGGGGAACCGCUCCAUCAGUACCAGUCCUCCGCAGUCCCCCAACAACACUCUGCCCAUCCCGAGGAAGGCCAGUGUGGAACCCAGGAACUCAUCGGAGAGCGCCACAGAGCCAUACGGAAGCCUUUGGUCUGGAGAUGUGAGCGGCGGGUACGGACACAAUCCCAACAACUAUACCGGCCCUACAGGCCCAGCCCACUACCAGUCAGGGCUCCAGAACAACCGAACCCUCGGCUCUCCUCCGGUAAAUUCCGGACUUCCCGCCAGCAGCUCAGGUCCGGUUUAUGGAGUCCAGAACAACCUGUCUGGUGCCACGGUCCUGACCCCAACCGGGACCGGCUCACAGAUCGUUUACGGAGUUCAGAAGAACGUCUCUGGGCUCAGCACGACUACCGUGAGGCCUGGCGGUCAGACUCACUACGAGGCUCCAGGAAAAGACUUCAACUUUGUCCUGAUUGAGAAGGAAAACGCUCCCAUGAAGAAGGAGACGGAGCGACUGGUCAUGACCAAAGACUCCGGGAAGCAGUUUGUGUCUGCUGGACCUGCAGGAACCUUCUCUGAAGACUCGCUGAAGAGAGAAAAACAGAAACUGUUAUUGAGCACCGCGGAGGAAGGAGCCGACUCAAAAACUUCGAUGCAGAAAACUGGAACCAAAGACAAAUCCACCUACGCAGAAAUCCAUAAAGACGAGACCAGUUUCGGGUUCUGCUCCUGCUGCAGCUGGUGGAAGUGGCUCCUGGCCCUCCUACUCGCCUUCCUCCUCCUUUUCGGACUCCUCUUCGGACUCAUUGCUUUGGGUGAGGAGGUGAGAAGCCUGAAGAACCGGGUCGAGGCCCUAGAGGCGGACCCUGGCACCAAGUCGGCCCGCAGCCGCCUCUCCGCCUCCUCGGGCAUCAACAUCAUCGACCCGCUGGACUCGGAGUACGUGGACCGAAGCUCCGCUGGAUCCUCUCUUACCCGUUCGGACAACACCAUCAAUCUGGGAGCAACCGGAACAGUAGGGGGAGCAGGGACUGGGCCGGGCCAGGACACCGCCGCCCUGCAGAGAACAGUUCAGCAGCUGGUCUGGGCUGAGCUCCGCUCCAGCGACGUUCGAGACACGCUGGCUUUCUCCCUGAAAGGAGAGCGGGGAGCACCCGGGCCUAAAGGUGAUCCAGGAUCUCUGGGACAGAAAGGUGACAACGGUUUCCCGGGCCUACCAGGGUCACCUGGACAAAUCGGACUCGGACUAGACGGACCUAGAGGACCAAAGGGGAAUCCAGGCGAACCGGGUCCAGAGGGCUCUCCGGGCCAGAGGGGCCGAGGACCAAUGGGACCGCGCGGAGAAGCUGGACUUCCUGGUCUAGGAGAGAAAGGAGAUAAAGGGUCUCAGGGUGAGGCAGGACGUCCUGGUCCUGCUGGAGUUCCAGGACCUGUGGGUCCAAAGGGAGCUGCUGGAGACCACGGAGCUCCUGGAAGUCCAGGUGUUCCUGGUCCAAAGGGUUUCCAGGGUGAAGCUGGACCUCCAGGAGGCAAAGGAGACCGAGGAGCUCCAGGGGUACCAGGAAGCAAAGGAGACCUAGGAGAAAGAGGACCACGUGGAUCAGCAGGUGAGUCGGGAACACCUGGACCACAAGGCCCACCUGGACCAAAGGGAUCUAAAGGAAGUGCUGGUGAAGCAGGAUCAAUGGGACUUCCUGGUGUGAGAGGACCACCAGGACUUCCUGGUGAUGUCGGUCCUCCAGGUUCUCCUGGCCUGCAGGGACCUCCAGGUGUUGCAGGAAGUCCGGGCCAGCCUGGUGGGAAAGGUGAACCGGGAUCACCUGGGAAAGUCGUCGGUCCGAUUAAUUCUGAUACCGUGGCCAUCCCUGGACCUCCGGGGCCAGCUGGACCUCCAGGUCCUUCAGGACUUCCUGGUUUAUCUGGUCCCAUUGGUCCUGCUGGUGUUCCAGGACAACCAGGUUCUAAAGGAGAUCGUGGGGAGAGAGGAGACAAAGGAGAGCAAGGUCCACGUGGAGAGCCGGGGACUGGGUCUCCUGGCCCAGCAGGACCCCCAGGGACUCCAGGAGAACCUGGACCUCAGGGCCCUUCUGGUGAUGGUAAACAAGGUCCACCGGGCCGCAGAGGUCCUCCUGGAGACCCAGGCGUUGGUGCUCCUGGACCCCCAGGAGAGAAAGGAGAACCUGGCAGCUUUGUGCCCACAUCAGAAACCUUCUUUGCUGGACCACCUGGACCUCCAGGACCUCCAGGCCCACAGGGUCCACCAGGUGAUGAAGGUCCACAGGGAUACCAAGGUGAGCCGGGUCAGCCUGGUCUUCCAGGUGAACCAGGUCAAGCUAGCUCAUAUAUUCCAGGACCACCUGGUCCUCCUGGACCACCUGGUCCGCCUGGAGGUGAUUCCCCCCUCGUGGGACAGUACAUCUCAGACUACCUCCAGAGUGAUGGCAUCAGACAGUACCUGGCUGGACCCCCUGGACCUCCAGGUCCACCUGGGGAACCAGGAUCAGAAGAUGGACUAGUAGAUGAUGUCGCCAGUCGAGUCAUCGCCUACAUUCAGAGUUCAGGUCCUGGAGCUCCUGGUCCUCCUGGUCCACCUGGAUCUGUCUCUGUCAGUGACAUCAUCAGUCUGCUGCAGCGAGAAGAUGUAAGGGCCUAUCUCACAGGUCCACCUGGCCCACCAGGACCUCCUGGAGCCCCAGGUUUUGGCAGCUACCCCUUUAACACCCAGGAUGUGGCUGAACGUGUCUACGCUCUCAUGAACGAAAGGGGCCUGUUGGGUUCCACUGGGCUUCCUGGACCCCCUGGACCUCCUGGACCUCCUGGAAACUUGUUAGCAACUGGAUUUCAUUCGCUUGUGGGACCUCCAGGCCCUCCUGGACCUCCUGGAAUUCCUGGGCCAGAGGGUCCUCCUGGACCUCCUGGAUCACCAGCAUUUGGAAGCUAUGUGAGCUCAGAUCCUCACUACCUGCAGAGUGUUGUCUCCAGGGGACCUGAGGGCCCCCAAGGGCCCCCUGGACCCGAGGGCCCCCCUGGUUCCACCGGGUCACUCGUCUCCUUCACAGACCAUCCUAACGGAGAGCUGCCGAGGGCGGAAAGACAAGAAUACCUCAGGACUGGUAAAGACGGUUGGAGCGGUGCCAUGUUUGGACUUCCUGGUCAAGGUCCUCCUGGACCCCCAGGACACAAAGGAGAGCCAGGUGUCACUGAGUGGAGCCCAGACUCUGUUGACUUGUCCCUUGUGGCGGGAAAAGUUACUGAUUACAUCAAAGCCCACGGUGUUCUGGACGACAUCAUGAAGGACUAUAACAGCCAGAUCUUCAAAGGCCCUCCAGGACCACCUGGACCUCCAGGUCCACCAGGAUUAGGUGGACCCUUUGGUUUUCAAGAAAAUGCCACAGAUCUAUUGGAGUUCAUCCAGGACCUCAAGCAGAACCAUGGGCGUUACAUCCAGGGACCUCCCGGUCCACCUGGACCUCCAGGCUCCCCAGGAAAGAAUCGGCUAUUUGGUUCUCACGCCAACAUGGUCGACAUGAUGGACUACAUCAAAGCACAUGGCGCCAUCGUUGGACCACCUGGAAAUCCUGGACCCAAAGGAGCUAAAGGUGAACGAGGCUCUCCUGGAGCUCAGGGUCACAGAGGUUCAAAAGGUGACAGAGGAGAAUUCCAGCUGCUGACAGCCAAACGGAAGCGGAAUGCCGGAGUCUGAGAGCCUGGAUCAGAUGUAGUAUUAUUGUAGGUUAAUUAUCUGGGGAAUGUUGCCUCCAUGUUUUAUUCUCUGGGACCAAAUGAAUUUCCUGAUAUAUUUUUAUACUUUUGGGUGUUUUUUGACGUUUUAAUUUUCAUGAAUGUAUUUUUUGACACCAGAAGAAAAACUGUGAGCUGGGAGGAAAAAGUUUAUUUACAUCAGAAUAAAAAUCAGAAUGACAGAAAUCACGGAUGUUUUACCUGAACUCUGAUUGGAAAUGAGGAUACGUUUGUGUCUGACGUGUUUUGUAUAAAUAUUAACUAAAAGGUGUCCAGCACUC